AUGAAAGUAGUCAGGAAAUAUGGCAAAGCAUCUGGACAAUGUAUUAACUUUGAUAAAUCGUCCUUACUCUUUGGUAAGCGGAUUAAUGUGACUAUGAGACAAGAGCUUAAAGAUGUGCUUGGAAUACAGAACGAGGGAGGAAUGGGAACCUAUCUUGGUAUCCCAGAAGACAUAAGUGGUUCCAAGUGCAAACUUUUUGCAUUUCUAAAGGAUAAGUUGAUGCAUAGAGUGAAUGGAUGGACAGACAGAUGGCUAUCGAAAGGAGGGAAGGAAGUGAUGAUAAAAUCCAUUUUGCUCGGUCUACCGACAUACGUGAUGUCUACUUUUCUACUACCAUUGGAGAUAUGUGAAAACCUUGCUAGUGCCAUUUCACAAUUCUGGUGGAGUUCAAAUCCACCAAAAAGAGGGAUACACUGGGCAAAGUGGGAAAAAGUUUGCUUACCAAGAGAGGAAGGUGGGAUCGAUUUCCGUAUGAUCCAUGAGUUCAACUUGGCGCUAUUGGCAAAACAAUUAUGGAGGCUAGUUCAAUUCCCUGAUUCUUUGGUUGCACGGGUCUUGAGGGGAAGAUACUAUAGAUUGAGUUCUCCAUUAAGAGCGAACACUUUUACCAGCCCAUCCUAUGUGUGGACAAACAUUUAUGCCGCAAGGAAGUUGUUAUUACUGGGGAUCAGACAGAAGAUACAUUCAGGGUAUGAAGUCAAGUUGUGGGAGGACCCGUGGGUUCCAACGACUCCUGCGAGGCCAGCUAUUCCCAUAGCGCCAGCUAUGCACCUGAAUAUGAGAGUCAGCGAUCUUAUUGACCAGGUAUCGAAGGAAUGGGACAUUGGUCUAUAG